GCACUAGGUACAGCAGAAAGCACAGCUGUACUGGGAGAGAUGGGCUUGAACAACAGAUCUGUCAGCGAGCCUGAGCUUUAUUCUGGAAGUAAAAUCCACUGACUUUUAUGGCAUGUAGAAAAAAAGGCUAGACAUCAUGUAAAAAAAAAAAAAAGGUUGGAUUGCAGACAGAUUUCAGCUGUAAAGAAGGGCAGUUAGGGAGCUACAUACUGCCCAUUCUAGAUCCCGAGUAUAUCCGUUUUCUUCAGUGGACAUGCUCCAGAUUGAUGUUGAUAUAAACGAGAACAUAAGACUCUAACUCUGAGAGUUUCGAUGACUUGCUCUCAAUCUCAAUCACUUUAUUGACAGUUACUAGCAUUAACACCCAGGCCUUGAUUCUUUUCUCAUUUAUACUGCGUGUAAAUCAGAUGUGAUUCCAGAAAAGACUCUGGAGAUGCCCUGAUGUAAAACUGGGGCAAGUCAAUACAGAAUCGGGCCCUUUUUGCUCUCAGUGGAAAUAAGUAGUUACGGCGCAAGACCGUGAGUCAGGAGAUCUGGGGUUUAGUCCAGCUGUCUGGACCAGACUUCUGGUUAUAGCUGAUGACAGGGCCUCCAUGUUAUGAUGCCAUCACGUACUAAUCUAACUGCUGGGAUCCCCAGUAGCAAAGUGAAGUACUCCAAGCUUUCCAGUACUGACGAUGGUUAUAUUGACCUGCAGUUCAAGAGGAGCCCACCCAAAAUCCCCUACAAGGCCAUUGCGCUGGCCACUGUGCUGUUCGUGAUUGGUACCCUUCUGAUUGUCAUAGGAGCGCUUCUCCUCGCAGGAUACAUUAGCAAAGGAGGAACAGACCGAGCUAUCCCGAUAUUGAUCAUUGGAAUCCUGGUGUUCUUACCAGGCUUUUAUCACUUGCGCAUCGCGUACUAUGCUUCCAAAGGCUACAGAGGUUACUCCUAUGAUGACAUUCCAGAUUUUGAUGACUAAAACGCACCCUGGAACCAGGGAGCAUGGCUCAAGUGGUAAUGAGCUUUGUGUUAAGGGAUGUUAGUUAACUUGACCCUGGGUAUCAAAGAUGGAACAUGUAAGAACCUAAACUAAGUAGAUUUAUCAGUGGGUGCAAUUUCCUCAUUCUGUAAAUAUUUUAUUGCCAGCUUUUUUGUGUUUACAUGAAUUCGACAAGCACGAUUGCAACAUUAGGUGAAGCACAGGAUUUACUGUUGGAGGAGCUCUUCUUGUUUCUAAUGAGAAGUUCUUGGGCAAGCCAAGCUGAGCAGUUGCCCAAAGGACAGAUGAACCGUAUAUAAUUUCAGCAAAAAUAAAAAUGAUUUUUGUCUACAGAGAUUUAUAUUUCUAAUGGAGAGGGUAUUGUAGAACAUAUAUAUUGCCUUUCAAAUAGAUCAAAGCUAUAGCAAGGAUCUUUGUGGCAAACAAAUAUAAUACAUCCAAUUCUGUACUGCUGCAUAAUCGUCAAAAUAAUUCCAACAUCAUCAUUCACCAUCAUAGGUUUGCAUCUGGAAUGUUGACCUAUUUGCCAGUCUGAUGCAAAUGGGAGAGGAAAUUGGAUGUGUGCGCCAUACAAGAACCCCUGUCAGGCUGAUAAGUCCACUUACCUGACAAACACAUUCCUUAAGUGCCAGCUACUUCCCACCCUACUGUUAAUUUUGGCUAAAGCUUAUUGGUCAUCCUUUCAUAAGGAUGACUUAAGAUUUUGCUUAAUGAAGGAUUUUAAACAAACUUUGUGGCGAGGCAGGAUGAAGAAUUGAAAACUGGGCCCUGGGCCUUGAAUUUUUCAUAUCUUAAAAUUCUGGUUUUGAAUACUGGUGACCAUUAGGGAAGUUCAGAUCCCCUCUUUGCAGACUGGGCUCAUCUGUUUAUAUGUGUAUUUGAGGUCACUUGGCCCUAGAUUUAGACCUGUACUGUACAUAAUAUCCUAAACAUAAAAAGAAAAUCUAUGCAUGGACGGUGCUGCACGUUAUCUGCUUCUAUUGCUUUAGCUGCAUUUCGUCAGAUUAUUCUGGAGAAUCGGAAGAAACGGAGGACACCUGGUAGAUUUCUGCUUGAUGUCAAUAAGAGCGAAGUGGCUUCCGAGGUGUAAUUGAACUGGGUGUCGCAAGAAGCAAGUAUGGAACGAGAAAUUGUAAUGUAAAAUUCAAGCAUAUGCAUUAGUAUGAAUAAACUGCACUAUAGUCUA